AUGAAAGAAAAAAGAAAAAGAAUGAUGUCAAAUGAAGGAGUUCUAGCAGUAGUUACUGAUUAAAUUCUUAGGGAAAAUAAACCCAAACUUAGAAAAUUAACUAAAAAAUAGAUUUAGCAAUUGAAAGAAAAUAAAUAAAAUCAAUCAGAAUCAUCAAUAGAGAUUAUUGAAAAGAAAAGUCCUUUGAAAUGCUAAAAGAAGAUUAAAGUUACUUAGGAGGCUUUGUAAAGAUUUCUAAAGAGGACAUUCAUAAUUAUUAGUGAUGAUGAGGCUGAAAACAACGAGAUUAGUAAUAAGAAAAGCCAAGGUUAAUAAUAAUUGUAAAGUUACUCAAGUUCAAGAUCAUCAUCAUUUUUAUCAUCUUCAUCUAGUAGUAGUAAUUUAUAAUAAUAUGAAAAAAGAGAGAAACAAAUUCAAUAGUUUUAAAAUUAUGAUCGAUGA